AUCACUGUUAACGACGUUGAAACCGAUUUACGUUUAUCUCCGCGCCUGAGACUUUUCUCUACUGCUGCUGUCGCUGGUCUGUCGUAGUCCUUCCUCACUGUCAUCAUGAGCCAGCGUAUGCUUUCCUCCGUCCUUCGCGCACGGCCUAAUGUCGUCCUUCGUCGUGCUGCGACCCCUGCCCUCACAAUACCACAACGUUUUUCAUCAUCAGAUUCGCAUAGCCAAGAAACGUUUGAGCAGUUCUCUGAGCGCUACGUCGCUUUCUUCCAAGGCGCACAGGACCUCUUCGAGGUACAACGUGGCCUCAACAACUGCUUUGCACACGACCUCGUCCCUUCACCUGGCGUUGUUGAGGCUGCCCUCCGUGCAGCACGCCGCGUAAAUGAUUAUGCAACCGCUGUCCGUGUCUUCGAGGGUAUCAGGGAAAAGGUUGAGAACAAGCAACAAUACCAGGCUUACUUGGACGAGUUGAAGCCGGUUAGAGAAGAACUUGGAAUUGACACAAAAGAAGACCUUUAUGUCUCAUAAGUUCUACACGAGCAGUACAGGUUCCAUUAGAUGCAGUGCCUCACAUAUUAUCGUCACUUAUAGUUUUUGCUAAUCCACAGCGCGCGGAUUUACACCUGUUGUGGUUUAUAUUGAGCACUGUUUUACUCGCUGCGAAAUUGACCGUUGAGGCCAAUAAACUUUCAUUUAAGCAAGGUCUUCUCUGAAAGAAC